UAAUUUCACCAGACGAAGAAUGUCAGCUGUCAAACGUUAGCAGGCUAACGCUAACGUAUUUACAGUAGCUUCAAUAAUAUAAUUCCUGAGGAGCGCUUCAUAUUGACCACAAUGGAGCCGAUAUGGGAGGACAAUCCAGUCCCAGAGGCUUCUGUCAUUACCAGAGAGGUCUAUGACAAAUAUUCACUUGCACCUAGUAUCAGAGAACUGUGGGCCUUUCUCCAAAGUCCUGUCGAGAGCAUGAAACAGGACUGUGAUGUUGGGGCUGCAAAAGCCUCCCGCUGUCCUUCCAAAAAAGAAGCUGCGGCAUACAAAGACAGCAGUUGCAUCAGGAAGGAUGAUUCCUGUUGGGACAGCUGUGAUAGUGAUGAUCUGUGUGCAGACAAUGCUGGUGGAGGUGCAGACGAAUGUAGGGAUACUGAAAAAUCAGGAGUAAAGCUCAAGCAGGUUGAGAAUGAGGAAGGUGCUGUUUACCCUGAACCCAGACUACCCUUCCCCUGUAUGUCCAGCCUGUCCAGCAAGGAUCAACAGACGUAUCUCAGCAUUUUGAUGAGUAAAAAAAAAAGGGAUCCUCCACAGAACUUGCAGGCACGAAUAAACAAUGAAGUGAUGCAGUUCACGAGGUACCUGCAAGAUGUGGCCAAAAUAUGUGCUGACGACUACAACUUCAUAUCACAGGGAGCUAUGCAAUAUUCAGAGGAGUUCUUCAGGGGGUGUUUGGAGUGCAUUAAAACAUUUCCUCAGCUCUACCAGAUCCAUGAGAUGACUAGUUUGACAGGAGGAACAUUCAACCCAGGGCUGAAGCUGACCUUUGAGAAACAGCUGCUGAUCAUGGGCAAUGUGGAUAUUACAGACCACAAGAUGGUGCCUGCUGAUGCACAGCUUGCAUCGGAUUAUCAGAGUGUUUCAUCAGAGCAUCCUCCAGCUAAAAAAGCCAAGGACAUGCACGCUACGAUCAGCAGUGAUAGUAAUGCCAAGAGCCUGUGUGCUCAUUAUGAGCCUCAUGUGUGUCUGACUCGAGAUGCCCUCGUCAGGCUGCUAGACAACCAUGGCCCUGACUUUGGAGAGCAAUGGGAACUGCCUGUUUCGAUCAAAUUAAACCCUGGAAAAGGCAGUAGUCAGAAGAAGACAGUGUACAUAGACUCACCCCUUCUGAAGACUGAAAUGACAGUGAGAGAGAGGAGUCAUAUCUUCCACGAGGAGAGUUUGAAGCUUUCCAUCAAAAAGAAUGGAAGUAAAAACGUGUUCCAUUUAAUGACCGAGCUCCCAGAGGAUGAGCAGAAACCCUCCCCGGAGAGCUCAAAAAGAAACGUGGUGUCUUUUGAUAACAAUGGUCUUGACUUCGAGGCGGAUCUAAUUGACUUGGAGACAUUUGGCGAGACAACACCCAGUAAAACCUUCAAGAUGCAUAAAGUACAGAAUGAGCAGGAUCCAUGUGCUAAAAGUAAAAAAAAUUCAAGUUCUCACACUAGUAGCAGUUCACAAGAAGAGAUUAAAAUCUCUUUGACAAAUGUGGAUGAACCUGUAACAGAGGAAACAACUUACGCCAUUGCAACAAAAACUGAACAAAGAAUUAGUCCGGACUCUGCUCAGGAAAGUGAUGACGAGCUGCCUUAUAUUGGAGACUCAGAUGAGGAGAAGCUGGUCAUUGAUGACUCUGUGUCUCCAGCUAAGAUACCUAAAACACAACAGCCUAAGUCCACACCACACUCUGCAGACCGCCCAAUUUCCCCAGUCUCUGAGUCUGCACCUGUAAAUUCAGAGUCAUCUUUCCCUCACAAAGUUACAAAGCAAAAGCGACACAGCAAAAGAGCAAAGGUAUCUGGUGACCAGCUGGGUGAGAUCCUGCGCAUGCAGAAAGCCAUGUUCAACUCUGCCAGUGACGCAGCCAAAUGCUCCACCAUAUCGCAUGAGACCAACUCACCCAGUCAAAGUAUGGGACCCUCUGUUCACUCUCAUCCAACAUCUCUGGUUAAGCCCUGUGUGUCGUCAUAUUUGGAGAGAAACCUGAACCAGGAAGGAGAGACCUGUGCUGCUUCUCAAGAAUCUGCACCAGUAGUAGACGUUACAAGUUCAGAGCACAAAAAAAUUCUGUCACAAGACCUGCAGGCUGGUGCGGAAGAUGAACAAGAUUACGAGGCUCCAGAGGAAGGGAACCUGCUCUACAAGCUCUACAGUCUGCAGGAUUUGCUGGUUAUGGUGCGCAGUUCCGUCUCACAGAGCCAUACCAGAAAAGUUGGCCAAAACAAUCGAAACCAGCACGUUCCAGUGCAUGUCUUGCCCAAGCUGGAGUACCAAUUGAGUUAUGGCGUUGAGUGUCUAAGCAGCAGUGAGGCUUGCCAGCUGUGGACUGAGACAUUGCUCCACUCCAGUACACUAUCCUACAUAGCUCACAUCAAUGCGCACACAUCAAAAGUAGCUCUGCUCAGAAAGCUGCCUGACGACUGGAAACAGAACAUCUCCUGCGGGUUCAAGCCAUCCAAGUCGCUGAAUAUACUGCACCACCUACUGAAAAAGCUAACUCGGUUAGAGGAAGGACAGUACCUGAUUGUGCACAAGGCAGGGGAACCGUAUGUGACCUUAUUAAAAGAAGCUAAUGGGAAAGUGAGUCGGGGGGCAUACAACCUGCAGCAGGUCCACAGCUCAGUCCCUCAGCCCCCAGCCUCCAGUCUCGUGCCCUGGAUACCUGUUGAUCCAGCUGUGGUGCUACCCUUCCACCAGAAACACAGCCGUGUCCCCUGCACCUUCCCACCAAAUCCCCCCAACGAAAAGACGGCCAAAGAUGGGUCAUUGCAGUCCAACAAACAUGGAGCUGGUCCGUCAAAGAACAACUUGAAAACAGGAAGCAAUACGAAGAAAAACCAAAAGAAACGUGCAGCAAAGCGUAACAGAUAUAUUAAAAGGCUACUUCAGAAGUCCAUUUAAAGUCCUGUGGCAAAGAAUUUAAUAUCAUGUUAUUAUAUUUCAUAUAAGGUGAGCCAGAUCAGGACCUGUAAUGCUGAGGAGAGGAGAGGAGAGGAGAGGAGAGGAGAGGACUGACAAUGAUGAUGAUUUCGUACUGGAAAUGUGUUUUGACCUUAAACCUAAAUGUGAAUGCUGAAGCACUUUGAGAGAGUAGAAUAUAUGUCUUGUUUAUAUUUUAAUGUUGUUCAGAGACAUUUUUGUAUAUUUUGUCAGUUGUAAUGUUUUGUAAAAACAGUUCAACAAUAAACUUUGUAUUAAAAUGG